AUGCCUUCCUUAGAGGAAUUGGUUAUUCUUGGGACAAAGAUGCAAUGCGAGGGCGACGCCUUACAACAAUUUGUUAGUGACCAACAAGCUCGAGAUAGAGAUGAGCGGGAGCAGGAAAGGUCUUUUAGACAAGAGCAGGCCAAAUUAGAAGCAGAGAAAGAAGACCAAGCAGAGCGCAUGCGUGAGGAAGAACAUCAACGUCAGUUGGAGCUUCUUCAAGCAGGAAAUCGGGCAGCACCCGGAAAUGGUCAUCCUCAGGGGGACACAUUGAAACGCGGACCGAAGUUACCGGCCUUUGAUGAAGCUCAUGAUAAUAUGGACGCCUAUAUUCAGCGGUUCGAGAGGUAUGCUGAGGCUCAGAAAUGGCAUCGUGACCAUUGGGGCGCUAAUUUGAGUGCACUUCUGAAGAGGAAAACGCUUGGAGUAUUUUCGCGUUUACCUGUGGAGAAGGCAUUGGACUUUGACGAGUUGAAAAAAGCUUUAUUACUAAGGUUUGAGAUGAAAGAGGAGGGCUUCAGAAAGUCUUUUAGAAUGGCAAAACCGGAGGGAGCUGAGUCAUUUACGCAGUUUGCAGUCCGACUUCAGCACUUCAUAGAGAGAUGGGUGGAAAUUAGCCAGACAGAAAAGACGUACACCAAACUUCUCGACUUGAUGCUCAGGGAUCGGUUUGUUCAUUGUUGUAGUCCUGAUUUGGCAUUGUUCCUGAAGGAGAGGAUACCAUCGGCAAUAGGGGAGAUGGUGAGAUUGGCAGAUCAAUUCGUUGAAGCGCGUGGGACUAAAGCUAGUCAGUCUGUUAACAAGGGACAGAAGCACCAACCGAGUAAAGCUCAAGGAACUGGAACAGCUGAUGCAUAUCGACAACCUAACCAGUAUUCAUCGAAGGAACGGAAGUGCUAUAACUGCGGAAAGCCGGGACAUUUGUCAUCAGAAUGUCGCGCUAAGAAGAAUGGUAGUGGAGGCAAGGUUGCAGUCAUAACUGAGAAAGUGGGUCGUCAGAAAAGGAAAGAACAUAAACCAACUCCAAAAGAGUAA